GAGAGAGAGAUAUGGGGGAGGAGACAGCGAGUAGUUUCAGACUAGGGAGAGUGGAGGAAGGAAAAAAGUCGGUGUGAAAGAGAGAAUGGGAAACUGACUGAUAUAAUGCGAAUGGCGAGCCUCGGGAGAGCAGAUGACAAACUAACACAAGGAUAAAAUGUUGCGAAAAUCAUCAUCAGGGAUCAAGAGCGCGAGUUUGUAACAGUGAGACGCGGAGCGCUGCUUUCCUGCGGUGUUGGGAUUGUAUCGAUCGCUCCCGGGACAGACGGCAAAGCGCUGUUUCGGAACUCCGCUGCACCCCUUCCCGUCCCGCCCCGCCGCGCCAGUGGAAGUACGUUACCGAGCCGCUUUCCCAAACUCAGCGCUGACGGUCGGGGGUUUGGAGGGAUCGCGAAAAGAGGCCAGAAGUCGUUCUGCGCGAGCAACAAGAGCGCUGAUCAUUGGACAAAAGUUUGGCCUUUUGGAGACGGGGGUGCGGGAGAGGCCGAGUCUCGCCACUGCUGAACUGACAACUUACCCCAGCUCGCUGUGUGUUAGGGGCAGAUAACUUUCACCAUGAAAACCCCGGGGGACGCGGGGCUUACGUUCCCAGACUGGGCCUAUAAGCCCGAGUCCAGUCCUGGCUCCAGACAGAUCCAGCUGUGGCACUUUAUCCUAGAGCUGCUGAGGAAGGAGGAGUAUCAUGAUGUGAUUGCCUGGCAAGGAGAUUACGGGGAGUUUGUGAUCAAAGACCCUGAUGAGGUGGCCAGGCUGUGGGGCGCCCGCAAGUGCAAACCUCAGAUGAACUACGACAAACUCAGCAGAGCUCUCAGGUAUUAUUACAACAAGAGGAUUCUACAUAAAACUAAAGGAAAACGCUUCACCUACAAGUUCAAUUUCAACAAGCUGGUCAUGGUCAACUACCCUUUCAUUGACAUGGGGUCUGCAGGAGCGGCUGUUCCUCAAAGUGCUCCACCAGUGCCUACAGGUCCCCAUUUCCGUUUCCCUUCAUCCACUCCAUCAGACAUGCAGGUGCCUGAGGUGCUGCGGUCCCCCAGCAGCGAGGAACUGCGCAGUCCGGGGAUGUUCAGCGGCCGCCGUAUCGCCCGUGGGUCUGUCUCUGACUGCAGCGAUGGAACUUCUGUCAACUCUGAGAUCGAAGAUGGGAACGGAGGUGCGGCCGAGGAGAGAGUGAUGGAAAGAGUGGCUGAGAGAGGAGGAGGUGGAGGUGGUUUCCGAGGUGCCAUUCACCCUCGUCUGUCUCACGAAGCGAUGUUCAGGAUGUACGGUGGACCGGGAGGUCACAGAGGUCAUCGAGUGUCAGAGGUUGGCGGACACAGGGUUCAUCCCGAGCCUCUCUCGCCGUUCACCAUCUCGCCUCUGCCUGGUCCGGGAGGCCCAGGCCUGCUGGCGCCGCCUCUCUCGCCGGCGCUCUCCAUGACCCCAGGCUCUCACCUGGCCUACACACCCUCCCCUACUCUGUCGCCCAUGCUUGGCUCCAUCUUCUCCUUCAACCCAGAGGACAUGCAGUACUACCUGAAGGCUCACACCCAGAGUGUCUACAAUUACCACCUGAGCCCUCGUGCCUUUUUUCAUUACCCACACAUCAUCGUUCCUCAGCCCCAGCGCCCCGACAAAGGCAUGCCCAGACCCCAGGGCUGUGAUCGCGGCCCUGCCGAGAGGCCCUCGGUGCUCAACAGCCAUCACUCCAGCCUCCCGCCGCCUCACGCUCACCCGAUUCACCAUCACCUGGGGGAGGAGCAGCACCAUUCUCCAUUCAAGUUCAAGCUCCAGCCUCCCCCGCUGGGCCGAAAACAGCGCGACAGUCAGGGUCGACAGGGCUCGCUGUCCUCCUCAUCUACAUCCGGUCUGGGCUCCUCAUUGUCAUUUGGGAGUGAUCUCAGUUCAGCCAGCGGAUCAGGACUGGUGUCCAACUCCUCCUCAACUGGGUCGCUAAACAGCGCUGGGUUGCCCAAGAUUAAGGUCGAGCCCAUAUCUGACAUUGAAUCAGAAGAGGAAGUCGAAGUGACUGACAUCAGUGAUGAAGACGCUGAUGACAGAGAUGAAGAGUUUGACGUUUUCCCCUCUCACUACCAUAAACACCGUCAUCAUCAUCAUCACCAUAAUCAUUAUCCUCAUAGCCAAAAGCACCAACAGCCCAACGGCACAGAUGCCGCUCUCCACCCAGAUGAGGACUUGGAGGAGGAGGUGUUCAAAGCCCCCGCCCCUCCACCCUUCUUCCUCCCUCCCACCUCUUCCUCAGGCGAUAGCCGGCGCGGUACCACCAUUGUGAAGAGCGAACCCGUGGAGCCAGCGGACAUGCAGCUGGCCUCCAGCGGCCUGCCACAAACCAACUCCCAGUGUAUCCCACUGAAGCUCCGGUUCAAACGGCGAUGGGACCAGGACCAGCACAUGGAAGAGGCGGAGGACAAGAAAGUGAGAGGAGAAGAGAGGGGGAGAGAGAGGAACGGGAUGGCGGAGGAGAGUGGCAGCGGAAGCGGGAGCGGAGAGGCAGAGAGCCCACCUCCUCUCGCUCAUCACAGAGUUAGCGCCGAGCUCCACCGAGCCACGGCACAGCUGUCACUGGAGAACAAGGAGUGCUGAUACGCAUCGACACACCUAGACGACUGCUGAUACACAACUCUACAACUGCUGAUGGACCCACACUCACACGUGACUCUUUUAAGAUCAAUGACUGCUGAUACUGACAACAGUAAUACUGACAUAUACACUGCAUACUUAGACUAACUGACCCUUGCUUAAUCGAAUCCCGUUCCCCAGGCUACCCUUGUUCCCCCGCCAGCACACGUUCCAGUACAGCUCAUCGUGACCGUUAUGAGGAAUGAGUUCACCCACGUGCCCCAGCGACCCUCAGGAGUCAUGAACUUUGACCUUUGGCACUAGAGUAUAUUUUAUAUUUUUAGAAGAGAAUUUUAUUUUGCAAAGUGCCUGUGAGCUGUCCCUCAAAACCCCUCAAAGAGAGCUAGAGACGGGCCUCAGAAAGACUGGUCUGGUUCGAGGGACUUGAUCUUUUUCUCCAGCAGCCCAGCAUUAUUUUCCUCAGCGACAGACUGUGAUCAGUCUCGAUGUGAUGUGGUGGGAUACAAAUGCACAGAAAGUCACAAACAGACACUGUUCUAAAACCAGCCUGUUCAGAAGUCCGAACCCUCAGGGACAAAAUCCCUCAACACACACAAACAAACAAACAAACACACACUCAGCCAUGAUCCCGUUCUUAUUCCCUGUAUGAAACGUGUGUCUGAUUCGAGUUUGAUUGUGUGUGUGUGUGUGUGUGUGUGUGUUUCGGAAAUCUAGCUGUGUAAGUUCUCAGGAUAUCUUCCUCCUUUCCUUUUCUAUCCAAACCAGCUCACCUUAAAACUUUCGCUCUGUUUUUUUUUUUAUCCCCUCUGGGACCAUACCUGAAUCACAAACUGAAAUUACAGUUUGAAGGUAAUACACAUUAGGGAGCUUAUAACAAGCUUCCCUUGUAUAGUCAGUCCUUUAGCGUGAACUAAACCAGCAUCCCACACAAACACACACACAAGCUUGUACAGUAAUACUAGACCAACUGGGACUCAAU